AUGGAAAAUCCAACAACCACCGAAACAUCAUGUGGAAAGAAGAGGACAGGCAAGAAGAGGCAACGGGAGAAGACCGAGGAGAAGAAAGGACCAGACGGGAGUGAAACAGAAGAGCAUUUGAAGAGAAAGAAGAAAUGCGAAGGUAAGAAACAGUACACUGGAGAUUGAGAAGGGGGAUCCAUUCUAUUAGAGAAUAUUUAAAUUCAGAGCGGUUUACUGUAUAUUUAAUGUCUCAAAACGCAGUAAUACUCCUCUUAUGUGUUCUUUAAUCACAGUUACCUAAACUAACUUAACACUGAUGCCUAACUUUAGUAGAUUCCAAAAAUCUACUUCCCCCUUUUGGUUUUCAAAAUAUAAGGAUUAUUGUUGGAAGUGAGACGUUCUCAGUAAGAUUUGAGCAUUUGUUCAUACGAGGUAAGAACAUUAAAAAUAUAUGUAUCUUAUGGUUAAAACCUAGUCAAUCAGGACCCGAAGUAAACAUUUCAGUACGUACUGUGUCAAAAUAACAAUAAAAAAAGUUUACAUAAUACAAAACACAUUUUUAACUAAAAAGAACUUAGACGUUAAUCUUUUUUUACAUAUGAUGUUACAUAUGGACUAUUUUUACUCUCCCAGAAGGAGCCACCAUCCAUCCUGUGGUUUCUCCAAUGGAGACCAGCAUUUCUCUGGAGAGAUUUGCCAUCCAUAAAACCCUUGGACAGGGCAGCUUUGGCAAGGUAUGUAAUAUCCACCAAAUGGUGCCAUGUACUGAGAAUUUUUUUAUGGACAGAAAUGAAUAGUGAAAGCCUAAUAUAACACAAGAACCAGUUUAGAAUAAAACGGAACCUAACUGUACAGAUCAUUUUUAAAAGUUGUGUAUUUAAAAGGUUUUCUUAACAGACAUGUAUCGGAGUUAUUCACAAAAGUGAACAUUGUUGAGAAUUCAAACUGAAUUUCAAAUUUAAGGCCAAAGUAGCCGAACUGAAAUUAUAGUUGACUUGGAAAAUCUUUCCAGUUUGACUAAUUUAGCCUUAAGUUUGAAAUUCAUUUUGAAUUCACUUGACAUUUCCGGCUUUUCUUACUUUAGUGACUACUCCUGUUUGUGUAACUGUCAACAAUUAUUUAGAUUAAAAUUAUUUCUCUACUUAAAACGAUAUAAUUGUACUAUACCCCUGUACAAUACAUUGUGCCGUAUGUAUUUUAAGUCCAGUUCUGAGGGUUCCAGCCAGCACAGCUGCUAAAAUUAUAAACAUUUAUUUUAUAAACCGUGAGUUGUGCGGACCAGAGAAAGUUAGGGGAACAUUCACAGGUAACCAGCUGAACCAUAGUUUUCGUGUAGUUAGAUGCGAACGGAGACCGGCUCUUGCUACUGAUUCUAUGGAACUGUAACUCGGAUACCUCCACAUGGCAAGCCGGUCAAACUUCCACACGAUGCGACACGGAACCUACCGAACGGAAAUUCGUGAGAUUUGGAUAUGUGACUUCCAGUAUCCUCAGCUAUCCAGGGAUGUUAAAAGUAUAUUUGUAUGUCUUAUAAAAAGUAUGUUUCUGAAAUUGUCAUAAAUUGUAAUGUUUCUGGCCAGCAGAUAAUUGAGCUUUGUGUAUUGUAGAAACUCAAUUAUCUAGCCUGGCCCAGAGGAGGAGUUUUGUGUUGCAUAAAUUGUGAGUUCUGUGUGCCAGUAAAUCAGUCUUGUUCCAGCAUUAAGCUUUGGCUCAUGUGUGGAUUAUUCGGCGAUUCCAGGGAUAUUUCUGCUUAUGGAAUAUUGAGUGCUUUUCUUUUAUGGGAAUAAGGGAAUGCUUGACGGGGAUAUUUUCUACUACCGUCACAGUUUGUAUUAUUCAUUUUAUAAAAUUGUGCCUUUCCUCUGAUUGCCAGCAAAAAAUAAAGAAUUAUAUAUAUAUAUAUAUAUUUUAUGUUUAUUGUUUUUUUUUAUAAGUUUAUUCUCCCAGUCCUGCUUGUUACCUGUGGCCAGUGAGGGGGGAGACUACUUUCCAUGGUGGUCUGUUUGCCCUGUACAAGCAAGCUUCCCUCGUUCUGGCUUUAAUAGUGAAGGAGGACCCAGGACAUGCUUUCUUCUGUUUCUGAAGGGUCCUUUCUUCAACUAUCGCAAGCCUCCAGCUGUCAAAGCGUUGCAACGGGUUACAACGGAGAGAGAGCUGGAGAAAAGACACCCACACGAUGCUCUACACACACAUACAUAUGUAUAUAAUAGACACAUAUACAGAUACUGUAUAUAUAUAUAUACCAAUUAAAAAAAAAAGUUCAUAGUGUAUUAUCUGUCAGCCUUGGUUUUGCUCAUAAGUCAAAGUAGUCCUUACUUUCGAUUGUGAAAUAAAAUGAAACAAAAAAACAAAAAACAACCAAAUCUAAAAAUAACAACUUUGUAUUAAUUUCCAUUUGUCGAUAUAAGUCAUCUAAGUGUGAGAGUAAAUGAAUACACAGUACUUCCAUGAUGAUUUUUUUCUCCUUUCUCUACAGGUUGUUUUAGCAUCUGACCAGAUAACCAACAAAUGGCUCGCUAUGAAGAUCAUCGAUAAGCAACACCUUAUUGAAAGCGCAAGCAGCUGCCUAGUUGAACGCCGGGUGCUGGAAAUUGCUGCCGGGUGCAAAUUCCUGACCCAUGCAUAUGCCACCUUCCAGACAGAGGUGCCAACAUUAUUACCUUAUAUCAACCCCCUUUUUAAACAGGUACUUGAAAGGAACACUCCAGGCACCAUAACAACAUAAUCAGUAUGGUGUUAUGGUGCCAGGUCAAAGGCUUACUUUUAUGGGUUAAAUCGUUAAUGAACAGUUAACCCCAAAGAGCUGAAUUAAUGACUGUUUAACUCUGACUAUCUCCAGGGGUGUUUUCAGGAGAUUCCCAUUCACAACAUAUGGAUUUCUCUCAAGUUGCUUUGUGAAUGGGGAACUACUGAUUGGCUUUAACCCCUUAAGGACCAAACUUCUGGAAUAAAAGGGAAUUAUGACAUGUCACACAUGUCAUGUGUCCUUAAGGGGUUAAACCAGCAUACUGAGGCUUCCUGCUUCAAGAUUCAGAAAAAAGCAGAAAGAGAGCUUAACAGUGCUGGAUUCAACUCUUUGGGGUUAAACCAUUCAUUAAGAGUGUAACCAUCAAAGGUAAGCCAGUGCCCAUUUCCAUUAAGUUGUUAUGAUGCCCAGAGUGUAGUGGUUAUGGUGUCAAAAUGGCUUUACAUAAUGAAGGAUUUUCCCAGAAUCCAUAGCCCAAACCCUCUUCAGCUGCACAUAUAAUAUGAAAAACAACUUCAGCAUUAACACAUGAGAACCAAACCAGGAUGGCAGUCACUGGCUGAGAGAGCUCAGUAUGAGACGAUUGCUGCGUGAGAUUCCUAUGUCUAUACACAGCUAUAAAAUGGACUCUGCAGCUUUAGAUUUCAUGUCUGAUGGGGAUUAAAUCAUUAUUUUCAUUGGACUGUUUAGAGAUUUGGGAGUUCUCAGCAUCUCUUAGUUGAAGAGAAUGUAACUUCAGAAUAAUCACAACAUGAAGUUGACUCCAAAUACAUCUAUUGUUUUUAUAUAUUUUUGGAUUUAUUGUCACCAUACAAAUUCUUACUGGGAUGUUUUCUAGUUUGCAUUUCCACCUACCAUAGAAAGAGUACUUGGGGCCCGUUGACUAUUAAUUGAUAUUUUGUAAGUUUCCCUGACAUUAUAAAAGGCAUGUCAGAUCACCAUGGGUUUUUGGAACAGAUAUCAACAGAGCUGGAUAAAGACUGCCCAGGACCAUAACCUUUACAAUAAAAUUGUGUUAGCAAAGAUGUGGAAUGCAAUGACUCUAAUACAUUAUUAUUAUUAUUAUUAUUAUUAUUAUUAUUAUUAUUGUAGGCAUUUAUAUAGUGCCAACUUUGCAGUACUUUACAAUAUAAUAAAAUGAGGAAAUGUAACAAUAAAUGAGACAAUUACAAAAUGUUAGAGGAACAGUAGGUUGAUGAGGGCCUUGCUCAAAUGAGCUUACAGUCUAGAGGACAUUGGGUAUAAAAACACAAUAGGAAGAGUAUCAAGGGGUAUAGCAACCAGACAACAAGGUGGGAAAGUAGCAGAACUGGAGGUGAGAGUGGAGUCUGGCCCUUUAGGAGAGACAGGUUUGUGAAACAGAAGUUACUCUGGCCUUUAUCAUUAUUUAUAAUUAUAUAUUACAGGUUCUAUAUUGUUCCCUCCAGAACCUGUAAAAGUAGUUUACCUCUAACCAGUGGCAAGGUGAUCUCCUCCCUGCAGCUCUGCUCUGCCUCGGGUAGAUGAUCACUAUUGAGAAGCACUAGAGAAGUACAGGUCCUUGGCAAUGCUUCUCACACAGAAGCACUGAAUUCAAUGUUUCUCUGUGAAAAGUCUCACAUCUGCUGUUUCCUAAGGCACAGUGCAAUCAGGAGGGUGCAACUUAGUAGCUUUAUAAAAGAACAGAUUUCUCUUGAAAUCAAUGUUUUUAUAAAGUAAGAAAUGAACAGCAAUGUGAAAUGCUUUAAGUGUUUGGAGUGUUCCUUUUAAUACAUUUAGAACCUUUGUAUGUUUGAUUUUUAUUACUAUUAUUCUUAUUCUUAUUAUCAUCAUCAUCAUUAUUUCCAUAGCACUGGUGUGUAGCCAGCAACCACAUUACUGCCAUACAGAAUGAAAGUAUACUCUAAAUAGUCUAACCUUUAUUCUGCUGCAUCUUCUUAAUCAGGACCGCCUUUUCUUUGCCAUGGAGUAUUUAAGCGGAGGCGACCUCUAUGAUUAUCUUGAUAAGAAUGGAAGACUGGAUCUCAGCACCACAACGUAA